AUGCAAUCUCUUGGUCGUAAACUGAAAUUCGGCUUGACUUGGUUGCGGCUCGUUCAUUGCUUCGAAUAUGCUCAACUAGAACGAAUUGAAGCAUUGCAAAUGAAAUUGGAUCGGAGCACUAAGUUUUGGCUUGUCUUUAUUAGUACUCUGUUAGGAAAAGGAGAACUGGACCAACUUUCAAAUGGUAUCUCUUAUGAAAAUUCCACUCAAAUACUUUUGUUUAUAGAGUGGAAAGGUCUUUCAGUCAGAAUUGGGUUUUGGGUGGUUUCUUGGAUGGGUUUUGUUGCGGAAGGUAUGGAGAAGAGGUUGGAAAGAAGAAAUGUUGUAUUAGAGAGGGUUUUAGAGUUUUCUUGCAAAGAUCUUGGUUGGAAAGAUGUUUCUUGA